GGAGGGACAGAGAGAGACAGAGAGAGGGAGAGAUGAGGAUGGAAGGAAGGGAGGAAAUGCAACGGGCAGAAAGGGUUUCUUAUGCCUGGGAAACUCACCAGCCUCCCCCUGCCACCAGCAGCAGGGGCAAGUGGGUACGGCUGAAUGUUGGGGGCACCAUCUUCCUAACCACGAGGCAGACCCUGUGCCGGGAACAGAAAUCAUUCCUGUGCCGCUUGUGCCAGGGGGAGGAGCUGCAGUCGGACCAGGAUGAGACUGGUGCCUACCUCAUAGACCGGGACCCCACAUACUUUGGACCUAUCCUGAAUUUUCUCCGUCAUGGCAAGCUGGUACUGGAUAAAGAUAUGGCUGAAGAGGGGGUUCUGGAAGAAGCCGAGUUCUAUAACAUUGGCCCUUUAAUCAGAAUAAUCAAGGACAGACUGGAGGAGAAGGACUACACAGUAACACAGGUUCCACCAAAACAUGUGUACCGGGUGCUGCAAUGCCAGGAAGAAGAGCUCACUCAGAUGGUUUCCACCAUGUCAGAUGGCUGGCGUUUUGAGCAGCUGGUGAAUAUUGGUUCAACCUAUAACUAUGGGAAUGAGGACCAGACAGAGUUUUUGUGCGUGGUCUCCAAAGAGCUGUACAAUUCUCCUAAUGGCCUGAGCUCUGAGCCCAGCCGCAAAGUCAAGAGCACAGAGGAGGAUCCAGAGGAGGAAGAGCAGGAGGAGGAGGCAGAGGCAGAGGCAGAAGCAGAGGAGAAAGGUGCAGCAAAUCCCUGAGGAAAAUGAUAAUAAUAAAUACCCGAGCAUAAAGCCGUCCAUUCCCUUCUGGUGAGAGUCUGCACAGCUAGCGUCAGGGAAGCACUAGGGAAGGGGCUGGGGGAAUCACUGCAGGGAGCAGGAGGCACACUGGGGCUGAGGGUUCAGUGGGAGCUCUGUUACCCUGGCUGCUGCUUUCUGUUUAACUUAAUUUUUUAUUUUUAUUUGCAGCACAUUCAUCUACUCAGGAUUCCACUAAUUCUUUCUCCCUGCGGACUCCCUCUCCUCCUGCUCCCUUCCGCUGCUCUCGUCCUGCCCAUGGGGCUUCCACCCCCUCCUCUCCAUGCUGCCUUCCCUCAAGAAUUCUGCUCCUCUGUCCCCUUCACCUUCAUUGCUUCUUCCCAUGCACCUAAGUUCCCAUACCUCACCUCCCCAGCCUCUGAUCCUGCGUGCUCCCCACUCAGGACCCCGUGUCUUCCUGCUCCUCACUUUUCCUUCUCUGCAGGUACAGUACCUGUCUGCACUCUCAGAUACAAAUCUGAGUUCUGCAUGGGUGACACUCACCUCCCCUCUUAUGGAUCUGGCCUUGGUUUGUAAAGCUGGGUGGCUGGGGGGUGGAGGGUGGGGGGAGUACUUUCUUUAUGUGAUGCUUUCCUGAUUUUUUUGGUUUGUGCCUUUAUUUCUGAGCAGGCCUUACAGUUCUGGACUAAAGGCUCUGGCAGCAGAAGGCAGAGCAAAGCUGUGAGAAACUAAGAGGGGUGGGAACAAGGGCAAGACUUAUCCUGUUGUAAAUGGGAGAAGUGCCACAUUUCUGCCUGGCACUGACAGACAGAUAGAUGCACAUAUCCCACAAGUCUUUCUCCCAGAAGCUACUGUUAAUCCUCUUCUUGACAGCUGACAGAAUAUUCUGCAUGAAGAUUUCUAUAUCUUUCCUGUCUCACUGCCACUUGCCUCUGAAAGAAAUCUUAGGCUGGUCAUCUCAUCUCCCCUCAGACUCCAACAGGGUGACUGUUCUGGGGAUAAGCAUAGUAACUGAGCAGCUGACUUUUUGGGCUCUGCGUAAAAUAUGCUCCAGCGCUCUGUAGUUCAUAAGCGUUGGCUGUGUGGUGCUGAUGGCUGGUGCCAUAAGGAGCUCAGAGGGAAGAGUCAUUGCUUCUCUCUUGUUAGGGAUUUUACAGGAUUUGUAUCACAUGGGAGUUUUCUGAAUCCCUCUUCCUGCACCCUUCAUGAUUAGGGCAUUCGUUGUCUGUCUGGCAUUUGCCAGGCUCUCUCCUGCCUUCUGUUCAGGAGCCUCUUCUCCCUCAGCUGUGAGACUUGAGUUUCUUAAGUCAAUGUAUUUUACUCAUGUGGAUUUUCCUUCCUCUCUCUCUCUCUCUCUUUCCUCCCUUUUCACAUCUUUCUCUUUUCUGUUCUUUCUUCUCUCCCUUUUUCUAUUCCUCUUCCCAUUCUCCCAUUUCCUUUCAUUCUUGAUUUUAUCUGUCGUUGGCUUUGCUCUUUCUCUCAUUUUCCAGCUAUUACAAGCCAGAGGCCUCAGGAUGUCAUUCUAGUGCUCAACUCCCCCUUUUUAAUUUCCAGUUUAAAUCUUUAUUUUUGUACCAUAGUUUAUGGCAGCCCCUUGUGGGACAGCGUCAUGCUGACUCCACUUCUCACCCUCAACUUGUUGCCUUUGCUUUAAAACCUGUAUUUUGGAAUAUCCCGUCUGAAGCUCGUGCCAGCACCCCUUGGAGGCAGGCAGACGCUCAAGUCUGUGUCUGACUUGCUGCAGGGGUGUAACCCACACCCUACAAUCACCCUUUGCCCACAAGAUUUGCAUUUGCCUUUUUAGUGUCACAGCGACCCCUGCUGGGCAGAAGAAAGCACAACAGCUAUAAGCUCCCUCUGCCACUCCAACUUCUCAGUUUUGGGCCCCUGUGCCUGAUUUACUGUAGGGUCCUUCCCUGCUCUAUAACAGAGCCUGCCAUUGGGGAAGGCAGUCAAACCAUGCUUGUCACCAGCAGACAAACAGAGAAUCCCUGUCUCUCUCCAAAGAGCAUCUGCCUUUAUGCCUGCUAUGUGGAGGAAGGAGGAAGGGUUGAGCCCUUGUAGGGUGAUAUGCACAUAGACGCCUCACAGUAAUAAAUCCAAGACCAGUGAGGGUGAAAGAGGCAAAAGUGCUGCCUGGGACAUCUGUGAGGAUUUUGUCUGCUCUAAACAGGAGAUGCCAGCCUGUGCUUCUGGGAGUGGGUUGUUUGCUUCAUAGCUGUGUCUGAGGACGCUAUGUUGUAACUCCUCAAUAAAUCUCACAGAUUGUUA